AUGGAUCCAAGUGCUACGGGUGGGGAAGGUGACGAUGGGACCUCGGCACCGGAGCAACGGCUGCUCUUUUCCGCGGUUGAUUAUGUCAUCUUCUUCUCAAUGCUCGGUAUGUCGGCACUGAUCGGUGUGUACUAUGGAUUCUUUGCCAAGCAGAAGCAAAACAACACGGCCGAAUAUCUGCUCGGUAGCAAGCAGAUGAAGGUGUUUCCGGUUGCCAUGUCGCUGACAGCGACCCAUAUCUCAGCUAUCACGAUGCUUGGUGUACCGGCGGAGAUGUACAAGUACGGCAUACAGUACUGGGCCUGUUCAAUAUCGGGCCUGAUCGUGACCAUCUUCAUGGUGUACGUCUUUUUGCCCGUGUUCCACGAGCUGCAAACAGUCUCCUGCUAUAGCUACAUUGAGCAACGAUUCGACAAACGGACCCGCACGUUAGCCAGCGGUCUCUUCAUGUUCUACUGCCUACUGAACACACCCGUUAUCAUCUAUGCGCCUGCCAUUGCCUUCAGCCAAGUCACCGGUAUCAAUGUGCACAUCAUUACGCCGAUGAUUUGCUGUAUCUGCAUUUUCUACACAACAUUCGGUGGCAUACGGGCGGUAAUAUGGACGGACACGCUACAGUUCGGGGCCAUGCUGUGUGCGCUGUUCGUCGUAAUGACACUCGGGACCUUGCAGCUCGGUGGAGUGAUCAACGUGUUUCGACUAGCGGAGGCUGGUGGUCGUUUGAUAUGGUUUAAUAUGGAUCCUGAUCCUUACCUUCGUACCUCGUUCUGGCUAGUGUCGGUGGGUUUAACCUCGAUGUGGAUAUCAAACAUCGGAGUAACGCCAGAGUGUGUACAGCGCUUCUUAACCAUACCGGACAUGUCAGGCGCCAAGAAGGCAGUUUGGAUCUUCGGCGUUGGCCACAUCCUCGUAAAACUGUUCUCCGUCUACAACGGUUUACUGAUCUUCGGCAAGUACCAUGACUGCGACCCUAUCCACGAGGGCACGGUACAGAAGUACGAUCAGAUUUUCGCGUACUAUGUGCUGGACGUUGCACGGCACAUACCCGGCCUGCCGGGUCUAUUUGUGGUGGGUAUCUUCUCGGCCGCCCUAUCCUCAAUGUCUACCAGCAUGAACACACUGUCCGGCACACUAUUCGAGGACUUCAUUCGACCACGAUUCGCUCUCAAGGACAAAACAGCCAGCACGGUGGUUAAAGCCAUGGUGAUGACGAUCGGUGUGAUCUGCCUGUUGCUGGUGUUUGUCGUUGAACAGCUGGGCAGUAUCUUCAGCCUGGCCAUAUCCGUGUCCGGCGUUACCUCCGGUACGAUGCUAGGUAUCUUCUUCCUUGGCAUGUUCUCGCCGCACAUUAACGGACGAGGUGCUUUCUGGGGUGCGAUCGUAUCGUUGAUAUCACUCAGUGCAAUUGCUGUCGGAGCUCAGCUAGAGAUACUCGGGGGACAUCUGAAGUAUGAGAGCUUACCCUUCCGGUACGAUGGCUGCAGUGGAUUCAACGCAACAGGUGUGGAAACAAGCACCUUCUAUCGCGAUGCGGCAGGACACGACAACUCCGAGGUGCCGUGGGUAUUUCGCAUUGGUUUCAUGUACUACUCACUGCUCGGUACAAUCAUCGUCAUCGUUGUAGGCAUCGUGGUAAGCUACGCAACUGGGGGACAGAAAGAACGAGUGCCGCUUAACCUGCUCACUCCAUGGGUGCGGCCACUGUACCGCACACUAGACUACACACCCGAAAAAGGCGAAUACAAACUAACGCGAAGUUGUGAAAUGACGGAUAUAGAGAAAAUCCCUAAAUGA